AUGUGCGUGUCGUCGUUCUCAGUUGUGGGGGUCCACGGUAAGAGACCCGAUAGUGGAGAUGUCGUGAUGUUCUGUAUCGGCGGUGAAGAUGACAGUAUCAAAGACCCCUGCAUUCCUGAUAGGUCCAUAGUCAAUCUUGAGACAGAGGGGAUUUCUGACACUUCAAUGCUCAUCCGCCGAAGAGUUGCACGCCAUAUCCCCUUAUACCGAACACAGAGAGUUGAAAGAGUUACUCAGACAGGGCAAGCUUCUUCUAACACUUCUUCGCCAAGUCUUUCAGAUAUUAUCGGCGAAUGUAGUCGUCAACAUCAGCCGGCAGAUCGGGGCUAUUUGUGGGGCAGCUCCGGAUCGCACUCCCGGUCACCGUGA